AGCGUGUAGCGAAGCUCCCUCGUAGCCGCCUGCACAUUGCUCGCGUCUGCCAUCGUGGACGCAUUCUUCCGUGGCUAUUAUCUUAUAUAUAUAUAUAUAUAUAUUUAUUCCCUAGACAAUGACCGCCGCAGCGAAGGUGGCGCGAGUCGUCUCCUCGCGCCUCCGCGUCAUACAACGCGACUACUUAACUCGACGCGGCGGCCGCACCCACCACCUGCGCUCCUCCGUCGCCGUCGAUUACACACCGGCGUACUUCGCCGCGUACAAGGCAGACCCAAACCUGUGCCCGCGCCUCAUCGAUGCGGAGGCCAUUCACGGAGAUGAGCAGGCGUUUUGGUCUGCCCGUCGCGACUUCUACCGGGGCGGAGCCUCGCGCUCCUAUUACCCGACCUGGGACCGACAGGCGCAGGCGCUGGUGAUGCUGACACGCGAGGUCGCACGCGUACCGCAGGAGGCGGCAUUUCGCCUCUUCACUCUCGGACUAAAGAUGCUGCUGCUGCCGAGGCUGGUGACGAACGCGGAGUUGAUGCUGCCGUCGUGGGUGCUGAUGAACACGGAGGGCCCGCUCGGUGCGGCGUUGGAGGGUACGCCGAAGACGGCAGCGGAAAGCGGCGGAGACAAAUCCAGUGCUGCGAAUAAGGAGAACGCGAAGUCGGAGGGGUCGGGUGGCGCUCCCGUGGACGGCGCGGGUCCAGACACCGCGAAGUAA